UCCAGGGCAAGAAGGAAAAUAAAGAGAAAACAAACCUUUUUUCAUCAUGACUCCCGCCUACAAUCACCUUCCAAGCCAAUUGAAGAACCAUUAUAUUCUUGCAAGACAUGGGUUCUCUCUAGCCAACAAUGCUCAUUUGAUCUGCUCUAAUCCUGACAUCGCUAUUCCUGAGACCGGUGGUCCACUUGGUACUGGAUAUGGUCUUCACGAGUCUGGAAAAAUCCAAGUUAGAGAGUCUGCUAAAUUACUCUCCAAGCAUCUUUUCCCUGACCAAAAAGCACCUUAUGGAGAUGAAGAACCGGUCAAGAUGUUCUGCUCUCCAUUCUUGAGAACACGUCAGACCGCCGAGAUUAUUCGCUCAGUGUUGAACGAGACCGUUUUGGAUGGCAAGGUUGCUGAGCCUACUCCCAAUCUUGCUCUGCGAGAGCGUUGGUUCGGUAUUUUUGAUAUGACUCACGACGACAACUAUCAUCGAUGCUGGAAAGAAGACAACGAUGCCCCUGAUCAUGGCGAACACAGCAAGUUUGGCUGUGAAUCUGCUAGUAGUGUUGCUGAUAGAGCUACUAAAUUUAUUGUCGAGGAGAUUGAAAACAAAAUGGAAAACAAGAUUGUUAUUCUUGUUGCCCAUGGUGAUAUCUGCCAGAUUUUACAGACCAGCUUCCUUGGUAUGGAAGCAUGGCAGCAAAGACAGAUUGAGCAUGUUGAAACUGCCAGCUGGAGAGAUAUGAAGGUCUCAAAGUAAAAUUAAUAAUAUAAAAUACCUUGUAUAGACUGUAUAGUUAUAUCACAAUAAAAGAAUGAAACUUUCAUCGAUGUCAUU